ACUCAAUUUCUGGGUCACGUGAGCUCCGCGCGAGCGAUUGUGGCUGCGCGCGUUGUCAGAAAUCGGAGAUUCGGGGAGUGCGGUCGGGAGCGUUAUAUUUUCCUCGCGCCGCUGGCUCCCAUCUUGACCCGUCGCACUGACGCAUUUUCUUAGGGGCCAACACGCGGCAACCAUAGACGCGCUGUGCGCUUCGACGCUGCCGUCGCCGCAAGGGCCGACAGCCGAGGAGGCCAGGACCAUGUCUGGCGAUCACCGGACUGUCAUCAACGGGAGCCCGAGCCAGUACGUGAAGCUAAACGUAGGCGGGUCCCUCCAUUACACGACCAUCGGCACUCUCACCAAACAUGACAGCAUGCUCAGGGCCAUGUUCAGCGGCCGCAUGGAGGUGCUCACCGACUCGGAAGGUUGGAUCCUCAUAGACAGAUGCGGGAAGCACUUCGGUACAAUCCUGAACUUUCUGAGAGACGGUUCGGUGCCGCUGCCCGAAUCGACGAGGGAGAUUGCGGAGCUAUUGGCCGAAGCCAAAUACUACCUCAUCCAGGCGCUCGUCGAAAGUUGCGAAGCCGCCCUGCAGAAGAAAGAGAGCCCGCAAGAGCCAAUUUGCAGAGUCCCGCUUAUCACAAACGAAAAAGAAGGAAACCUACUAAUAAGCACUUCGACCAAGCCUUUGGUCAAGCUGCUUAUCAACAGACAUAACAACAAGUAUUCCUAUACCAGCACGUCGGACGACAAUCUCCUCAAGAAUGUGGAAAUGUUUGACCGGCUGUCACUGCGGUUCUGCAGUCGUGUCCUGUUUAUAAAAGAUGUGAUAGGUAGCAAUGAGAUCUGCUGCUGGACAUUCUAUGGCCACGGCAAAAAAGUUGCCGAGGUCUGCUGCACAUCCAUAGUCUACGCAACAGACAAGAAGCACACCAAAGUUGAGUUCCCCGAAGCUCGCAUAUAUGAGGAGACCCUCAACAUCCUUCUCUACGAAAAUCGCAAUGGCCCAGACCCGGAACUGAUGCAGGCAACAAGCACACGAGGCGCCGUCGCCCGCGCCACCACCUGCUACACGAGCGACGACGAGGACGAGCGGCGCGCGCCAGUAGGCUCGUGCAGCGGCUGCGCCAGUGCGCGCGAUUCCCGGGAGUCGUGCCACCUGGGCCGUAUACGCAGCACCAAGCAGAGUAGCUGAGGUAGCCUCUGUGUCGCUGCCUUACUCCUUCGCGGAAUCUCUCCGGCGGGGGCAAGGUACCGGCAGCUGUCAUGCGGUCGCUGCAAGCCGAGCUUGGCUUCUUUCUGCUGUCCCUACAUGGACCUUGCUUAGCACCGAAAGAGAUGUGAUGCAUCACAUGGCGUUUGUUUGUGGGUAACCACCCAGCAGGAACAGAGCACAGGUGAUCCUGUAUCCAUCUCCAUUCGUGCCUGUGCCCUGUUUCGUCUGGCCUUCAAUAUUGAGUGGUUAAUGCUGUCGGCUCUGUUUCUACAGAGCGAGUUCUGCCCCCAAGAGUUGUUUGUAGCCACUUUUCAGUGAAGGAUGCGAGUGGCUAGUAGUUCUUGUGCCAUGCGAGCAUGUGCUCAGUGGAAGCUGUAUUGUGUGCCGGGCGCACUUGUUUGGGGGUUUCGCUCUUGUUGGAAGUUUGUGCAAGUUAUGAAGUGAGUAAGUACAUGUAAGUGGACUACAUAAGUUCCGAAGUUUCUUGAACAACACACCUCCCUCCCCAGCACCUCUAUUCAGCUACCACCAAAGCGAGGUUGUUCAGAAACAAUAUUGUAUACCUAGAGCUGGGUGCCCACCUGCUCAGUUUUCAUCAACAUUUGUGCUGGACAUCACUACAAAAAUUGCUACACCACUACGUAUGUAACCUUGUGGUGUACUAAAGACAGGAGACAAGUUGAAUCUCGGUUUUCAGGAGCGGACCUUUGGUGAGCUGGUGCGUUUUGGUAUUUGUCGUUCCUUUUGCCACAGUUUUGUCUUCUGGAGCUGGCGUGUUUUUUUUUUCCCUUUGGGUCUUGGGAUCUCUCUGCAACAUGUGGGCAAGAAUCGAGUGAGCUUAGGAAGAAUUGUGAGGUGGUAUGUCCCGACUUCAAACUGGAUUUUGUGCUGCGCAAGACUCUGCUCAGGAACCAGAGGGCAGAGGUGUAAUCUACAGCAAGAGCCGCUGUUGAAGGGAAUGUGCAUGGCUCACACUUUCAGAAGCACUGUCAAAGCUUUCGCAGUGCUUAGACAGUGCUACCUACAGUGCCUAGCAGAAGGACUGUCAAAGCACUGCACAGAUCAUUGGACAAGAACCAGUGGCACUUAUUGCGAGUCGUCUGUGCCAAAGCUGGCCACUUCCAGAUUUGCCAAAGAGGGAAAUUUGCUCAUUCCCCAUGCUCCCAUGUUCCCUUCAGCAGUGGACUGCACUGUAAAUGUUUCGUGAUUCACUAAGUGAGCAUUUUCAAUAGUUUGGUGAAGUUGUAAUGCGAUACAAAGUGUGGUCAGGGUGCGACUACCUGCAGGUGGUUGGAAUGAAUAUUGUUGUCAACAUGUAGCUGUUCAGAAACCGGUAUGUGUGUCAGCAAAGUUGUUGCUGCAAGAAAGGACUGUGUGUUGUUGGUGGUGCCAUACUGUGUCACUUUACACAUGUAUGAUCAGAAGAAUCAUUGAAGCUGUUUUCCUGGA